UUUAAUAUUUUUUAUUUAAAACAGAUGUUGUAUAAUCAAGUUUAAAUUGUAUUGUGGAGGUGGUCGUCUUUGGUCAAGUUUUCCUUGCUUCGAUCCCGUAACAUAGAUUUGACUUUAUUGAACCUCUUCAUAUUUGUGAUAUGUAAAAGAGGCCAACACCUGUUCAUAUUUACACCAUCUGUGCCUCAACUCAUGUUAUCGAUUUUAAUUCCGCAGAUAUUUUUUGUCAACUCCGGAUCUUUAUGUACUUGCAAGGAGUUAUCCUCUCAUUGUAGCUAGCGCAGAUAUAAAUUCGGCUUAACUCUAGAUUAGUAAAAACUCCCCAGUUUUUCGAAAUUUUUCCUGUGGAAAACGUUCUGGAAAACUUUAAAAAUAAAAAAUGCUUCUUCAUCGAUUGCCUUACAAAGGAAUUGUAUACCACUUUUGUCGUGGUCUAUCUCGAAAAGCUAAUCCGGGGUUGAAUCACCAAAUAUCUGCUAUAGCGGACGUAGCCAGUGAUAUCGAAAAGAAUCCUGAAGGGUUUGGAGAUUUGGAAUCUGAUUUGAUUAAUGUACAUAGAAUGCAUGAAAAACAUGAGCUGGAAGUAAAACAAGAGAAAAGCAGACUAAGGAAAUACAUCGUUAAAUCAAAAUAUUUUCGUGAUCAUAAAUAUCCGAACAUAUUGACUCACGCGGAGAAAGAAAACAUACGCCUUUUACAUAGCAAGGACCCAGAACAGUGGUCAGUAGAAGUACUAUCUGAAAGCUUUCCAGCAAAUUGUGAGACAAUAAAAAAAAUAUUAAAAGCGAAUUGGAGGCCAAGAUCGAUAACAACACACGAUGCUGCAGUAUUCCGUAAUUGGGAGAAAUUCAAAAAAGGCGAACUAAAACUGCCAGAAGAUUUAGAAAACAAAAUGACAAAGUUUUAUUAUAGAGAAACUAAAGCAUUCACACAUUCAACUGAGGAAAACUGCGUAGCAAUCAGAACAAUUGAAAGCUGUGUGCCUUUAUCGACUGAGUUUUCCUCAAUUGUUUCAGGAAAAAGAAAAAGCUUGAGACCCCCACCAGCUAAGAUGGCAGAGCAAAAAGUUCAUGGAGUUGAGAAUGAGACGUUCUUAAUUGAUAAAGUUUCUAACAAAAAUUAUAUGAGAGUAUCCGAUAUAAAAUUGUUGAAUGGGAUUGAUGCAUCUCUGAAUACGGAAAACGCAGGUUAUGAGGACGCAAAAUCGGAAAAUAUUUCUGUGACAACCAACGAAACGACAAAUUGUGACAAUCUGAUCUCGAUCCAUAAAUUUACUAACACCGAAGUAGAAAUAUGCGACGACGACAAGAAAAAAUUUGAGAUGUCGAGAGUUAAAUCUCGUAUUCAUAUACCUCGAAAAAUUCGCCGUAAAGGGGCUACUUAUCGCGUUGAUGAUACAUAUUACGAUGACGAUGGCGAAUUUCUUUAUCGUGUACCUGGAAUGACUACGGUUUCUUCCAAAUAGCUAUAGCAAUUUUUAAUAUCAUAAAAUAUUUAUUAAUUAUCAAUUUAUUGUUCCGGUAAGAACAUCGUAUUUAUACACAAAAUAAACAUAGACUUAAAUAUGCGAUAAACUUAAAA